CCUUACUACUUUGUUCGUGUCGUGUUCAAACAUGUGUUCGUAUGUGUCAAUCUUAUGAGAAAAACAAAAUAUAUUUUCAAAAUGUGACAUUAAAUGUCAUAUUAGUAAAUAGAGAACUUUCUAUUUUACUGUUUUGUGAAUAAAUCAUCUGGUUACUAUCACACAAAAUCAUCUGUAAUUCUCCUUGCUCUUGUCUUUGGUAAUCAAUAAUAUGGCUCUAGUAUUAACUCCAAUUUUAAAAAAUUCGAUGCACAGCACACCAAAUUCUGCCAAGACUUCUCACGUGAAAUUCAACCUUCCUGAAGAACAAGGGAGUGUAAUUGAAUAUUUGCAAGGAAAUGCAGAGGCUUCUCCAAUCAUAAAAGCAAAUUUAAUAUCUAAAACUAUUUUAUCUCCUUCAACGCAGGAUUCUCUACUUUUGAAAUGGAUACUGGAAUUCAAAGAAAAUAUAGUGGUUCUGGAUCGAGAAAAUGAAUCUAUCACAGUUGCUUUAUUGCAUUUUAAAUGGUAUUUGAAAAAUGAGCAGAUGGUGCUACAGUAUCAAGAAUUGAUUUUGAAUCUCGUUACGGCACAUCCAAAAUGGCUCACAUCCGUGUUGUCUAUGAUCAUCAAAAUUUUCUCUGCAGUUUCAGGUGAUAAUGAAGAUAUUACAAUAGAAGAAAAAAAUAUGUUCAAUAAUGCUCAUGGGUUAUUGAAGCGACUAAUUGAAAUUGUUCCUUUGUCACGCUACCAAUUAGGUAAUAUGCUAUUAGAAAAAUUCCCUUAUAUGAAAUCUCCAACGCAUGUUAUGCUGUGUUACGUUGAAAAUCUUUUGAAUAUCUGUUCGUAUUUACCAACUACAAGGUUAACUAUACUGUUGUGUAUUGUAGAAAAGAUAAUCCAUAUUGAUGUAAAUUGCUUUAGAGAUAUGAUGUAUGAGAUACAGAAUGAUGAAGAUAUUCCAAUGGAACUAGAUGAAAGUGAAAGACCAGUUAUUAAACCUGUGGUUCAUACAUUAGAUGUAAUAAUUGAUUGUCUCUUCAAAUACAUCAGAAAUACUUGCUUCAUUGAAGAUCUUGAGACUCUUAAUUGGGAAGCCACAAAAAAACUGUACAAAGAAUUACUGACUGUUUUCGACAAAGUAAUUUUACCAACACAUGGAAGCUGUCACGUUCAGUAUCUGAUGUUUUAUGUUUGCAGUCUGAAACAAGAACUUCAUGAAGGUUUUCUGGACUUUUUAUGGAAAAAAGUACAAAAUCCAAAUAUAAGCUCAGAGUUUAGACAAAUAGCUUCAUUUUAUAUUGGGUCCCUACUUGCAAGAGCGAAGUACAUAAAUAUCAGCACUGUGACUGCAUGUUUUGGAUUGAUGUGCAACUGGAUUCAUCGUUACAUUGAUAAUCAUACUUCACAAGAUUGUACUGUUCAUGGAACCUUUCACAGCGUCUGCCAGACAGUGUUUUACGUGUUUGCAUUUCGAAUCAAGGAAUUAAUUGAAUUGAAAACCGGUUAUGAAUUUCUUAGGUCAUUGAACUUUGAUAGAAUUGUUUCCUGUCGGCUAAAUCCCCUAAGAUAUUGUGAUAGAACUAUUGUACAAAACUUUGCAAGUAUUGCACGAAAUUAUCAGAUUUCUUAUGUUUAUCCUAUAAUUGAGAAGAAUAAUCGAAACUUGUUGUAUGCUUGGGAAAAUAAUUCUGGAAGUGUUGUUGGAUCCAUGGUGCGAACUUUUUUCCCAUUUGAUCCCUAUUUGUUAAAAAAAUCUAAAUGCUGGGUUGAGCCACACUUUAGGAUAUAUAACAGCUCCCAUAAGGAUGAAGAGGAUCACCUUGAUGAAGAGGAAGUGAGCACAAAUGAAGCUUUAUUUUCUUAUAGUACAUCACCAGGUUUUAAGAAAUUUUUAUUGAAGUCAUGAGAAAGAAAAAAAAUGUAAUUAAUGUUUAUUUAUAAAUAAAGUAUAAACUUGG